AUGUCGGAUGGACAUCAGUUCACCUGGGAGGAACUCAAAGGAGAAUUUGAGAAGAAAUACUACCGCCGACAGAAUCAAGAACGCCGCCUCACUGAGUUCUUGAACCUACAGCAGGGGAAUAGAACAGUCCAGGAGUAUGAGGCAGAAUUCAUACGUCUGCUAAACUUUGCAUCGCACCUGGUACCCAGGGAGGAGAUGAAGAUUCAGAAGUUUGUCGCUGGAUUGCAACCUUCGCUUCGCAUAAGUGUCACGCUUCACGAGUUCCAUACCUUUGGCCACUGCAUUAGUCAAUUGGAGAAGGCAGAGAAGACAGAGCAGGAGGAGAAGGAGGAUAGAAUCCGCGACCGUAGCCCUUCCCUACGUCACAAGUACCCGACCUCUGGGGAAGACUGGUCAAACUGGCUACAACCAGGACACUAUGUGGCAUAUUGUACGGUGAGACUAGCAGAGCCGCAAGCGCAAGCGGCUAGACCACCACGGCCUCUGUCGAGACCUGCAGAUGGAGCCGAAGGGGCCCCAAGAGUUUAUGCUCUAGAGGCGGAACACGAGAUUCAGGAGGAGGAGAUUCAUCUCGAUGGAGCCGAGGCAGAUGCGAUCGCAGGUAUCCUUCGCUUAUACAGGGUGCCCUGUUAUACAUUGUUUGACACUGGAGCGACUCACAGUUUUGUGAGUAUGAACAUAGUGGAGAGAAUCGGUAUAGGAGACAUCGAUCCGAUGAGUAAUUUUACAGUGUGUACACCGACAGGAGAAGCACUUACAGUUCAAGAGACCUUGCGUGGUGUACCUCUCGACAUAUGCGAUCGACAAUUGACAGCGGAUCUUAUUGUGGUACCCAUUGGAGUCUACGACCUGAUAUUGGACAUGGACUGGUUCACGAGGACUCAGGAGGACUCGAGUUUAGAGGGGGGAGCACCAUCGACGGACCCAAUUGUCUCAGCACUGAAAGCCGAGAAGAUGAUUAGGAAGGGCAGCGAGGCGUUCCUAGUGGUUAUCACGGUUAUAAGGAACCGGAGAGGAGAUUGGAGGACACACCUGUUGCUCGAAAAUUUUUCAGAUGUAUUUUGGGAUGAUCUACCGGGAAUACCGCCGAGCGGGGAAGUGGAUUUCAGCAUUGAUGUGCUACCGGACACAGAGCCGAUCACUAAGGCUCCGUACCGGAUGGCACCGAAGGAGAUGGCAGAGCUGAAGAAGCAAUUGAACGAGCUAGUGGAGAACGGGUUUAUACGUCCAAGCGAUUCACCGUGGGGAGCGCCAGUACUGUUUGUGAAAAAGAAGGACGAGAGUAUGCGUCUGUGUAUUGAUUACUGCGGGCUCAACCAAGUGACAAUCAAGAAUCGGUACCCGUUGUCGAGGACUGAUGAGCUACUGGACCAACUGUAG